AAAUAGAAAGUGCGCCCUACCCGAAAAGAUCUCACUCUCGGAUCUCUUCAUCGAUAUCAACACCCCAACCGAUAAUACCGCGCAAGGAUUAAACAGCAUGGCAUCAAAGAAACCAUUACUAUUGGAUGGAAGAACCGGUGAGGGUGGUGGCCAGCUUGUAAGGAUUGCAUGUGGUCUCUCUGCUGUCACCUCGCAACCUAUCCGUAUCGACCAUGUGAGAGGGAAUCGUCCAGGAAAACGAGGCGGUGGUUUGAAACCACAGCACGUGGCUGCUAUCCGAUGGUUAGCGGAUAUUACGGGCGCAAAAGUCGAAGGGCUAGAGGUUGGGAGUUCGUCUCUUGAAUUCUGCCCGUUGCAGGCUCCCACCACUCUCCAGGGGCGUAAAUUUGAGAUCGUCGCUAAGAGCGCGGCGUCGAGUACCUUACUGGUCUUUCAGGCGAUCCUCCCAUUCCUUCUUUUUGCGGGCAGUGAUACCGAAGAGCCUAUCGAGCUCGAGAUCCACGGUGGGACAAAUGUGUCUUUCUCACUGUCCUAUGAAUAUUUCGAUCAAGUCCUGUUGCCUACCCUCAAAGAUCGCUUCGGCAUCACUAUUGAGAGACAGCUGAAGGAACGAGCCUGGGCGGCAGGGCCUCUUAAAAAGGGGUCUAUUUGGCUAAGACUGCAGCCUCUCCCACCGGGAAGAACCUUGAAAGUUCAAGAGUCGUGGGAAAGACCAAUCACCGCCGAAGAUUUCAAGCUCAGGCAGAUUGAUGUGAGCAUACUUGUACCAUAUGCUCUUCAAGGACUGCUCCAGAGAGCGAUCGUGAGUGACCUGGGUGAACUAUUCCCUAACGUGGACAUUAAUUUCCUACUCAUGGAAGACAGCGGUCAUGAUUCUCGGAUAUAUACUUUGCUUGUAGCUCACUCGCAGACUGGUCUGCGUUGGGGCCGUGAUUAUCUAUAUGAUAAGUCCCGGAAGAAUAAGACGCCGGAAGCUCUGAGCGUUGAAGUGUCGCGGAAAGUCUGCCAUGACCUUCAUGAUGAGAUUGAGAUCCGUGGAGUAGUUGACGAGUACCUCCAAGAUCAAUUAGUUGUUUUUCAAGCGUUGGCAGAUGGUCGAACCAGCUUUCCUCGGAGUGCCGCGCCGGUCGAUUUAGAAGAUAGAGCCCCUGACAUAAGCGAUUUGGAGACUUCUCUUGAAGAUUUAAAGCUUGACAAAAAGAUGAUGAAGGAUAAGACACAUAAACCCUUUGGAGACGGGUCAAUGCACACUACCACAGCUAGAUGGGUAGCAAGCGAGUUGCUGCCCACAGCGCAAUGGUUUAACAAAGGUGCCAUUGUAGAUGGUGCUGCUGUAUCUUUUUCUUAGCUAAGCGUCACGAUAUUUACCACCGCGAGCCUCGCCCGGUUUAUUAGGGUCAUGUGACAAUGCCAACUUGUAUAAUACAAGGUUGUAUUGCGAAUCUUGUCCUUGUCUUACACUCCGCUAGAAGCAAUGUAGUCCCAAGAGAAACCUAUUAUGAACAAUUUCUAAAUGGGUGGAACCUACUUAGAACACAUGUUUCCUUCCCCUUUUACAACCUCAGUU